UGUAUCGUAUAAUCCCAAAGAAACCAAAGAUUAUAGAUGGCCGCGAUUCACUCAAAAAAUCCUGCUCGCCACCGGUAGAAAUCGUUCGAUUUUCCCCGGCAGAUUGCAGCGGCGGCGACGAUGCAGUUCUUCGGCGGAUCAGCGGCGGCAGAGAUGACCCCGUCUCCGGCGGCACCGCCUGGCACAGCAACGGGCCUCGCGGGGAACAACGCCAACAUGCUUUACAUCUUCAACCGGAAUGGGGUCUGCUUGCUCUACCGGGAAUGGCAUCGACCUCUCCACACCCUCGACGCCCAGGAAGAUCAGAAGCUCAUGUUCGGUCUCCUCUUCUCUCUCCGAUCUUUCACUGCAAAGAUGGAUCCUACUAGCGUUGACAAAGGUAAUCUUGGGGUUCCGCUUUUGCCGGGGCAAGGGUGUUCUUUCUACAGCUUUAGAACGAAUACUUACAAGCUGAGUUUCAUGGAGAGCCCAUCUGGCAUAAAGCUGAUCCUUGUUACACAUCCAAAGACUGGGGAUCUUCGUGAUGCAUUGCGGUAUAUGUACAACUUAUAUGUGGAGUACGUUGUCAAGAAUCCGCUUUAUGUUCCUGGAUCUCCAAUAAAGUUACCAACAUGACAACUUAACUUCAACAUUUAAGUAUCAACACCCACUGCAGGGUGCGAACUUUUCAAUGUGAAUCUUGACCAGUACGUAAAAACACUGAUUUAACACACGGAGGUUCUCUGUAUGAAGAUCUGAGGAAGAAUGAAGAGCAAACGUUAAACAAGUGGUUCCUCAUUCUUAAAAUGAAAUAUAUCAUUGAUCUUUUGGAAGAAAAUGAACUUUCAGGAUGUAAAUCUACUGGCACUCCCAUUGUUGCUCAAACCACUACCAAUGAAAAGAAAUUUUGAAAAUGUCAAGACUAGUUCAGAAACUGCUCUUUCUUACAUUACUAAACUAAACAUUUCCUUAAUUGGAGUUUUGAAUCAGUCUAUUCAGGCUUCGUUUGAAACAACUUUCUUAUUACUUUUUAAAACAAUUUUUUAGUACAAAAAAGAAAAUUUUGUACUAAAAAGUUGCUUUCAAAAGCAAUAAAAAAACCGUUCCAAAGGAAGCCUCAAUCUCCUCUACCUAAGCUUCAUCCUUAAUUACCUGCUCCUCCCUCCUCCCUUCGUAGAUCCUUGGCCUCAUGUUCUCUUCGAACUUCAGUGCAUGGGAUUAUUUAUUGAUUUGGCGGUCAUUUUCAUUUCUGUUUUUCUAUUA